AUGGAGAAGUUAACAUAUCAGCGUUGAUAUGUUUUCAGCUUUCAAAAGACUAGCUGGAAAAGCAGAAAAUGCUUCGAAUGGCCCUCCCAGUCACCAGGCCAUGCCUGGUACUCUGCAGAAGAAAUUUUCGAAAGGAGUUCAAUAUAACAUGAAAAUCAUAAUCAAGGGCGAUCGCAAUGUUGGUAAAUCAUGUUUAUUAGAACGCUUGCAAGGCAGGGGUUUUAUAGAAGAAUAUGUUCCAACUGAACAAAUUCAAGUUGCUUCUAUUCAAUGGGCCUUCAAAGCUACAGAUGAUAUUGUAAAGGUAGAAGUAUGGGAUGUUGUUGAUAGAGGAAAAUCCAGACCCCAAAAUAGUGGUUUGAAAUUAUCUCUGACGACAAGUCCUAUAGAUGCAUGCCCACCUGCUCUGGACGCAGAAUUUUUAGAUGUUUACAAAGGCACUCAUGGAGUUAUAUUAAUGAUGGAUGUUACUAAAUCUUGGACCUUUGACUAUGUCUGCAAGGAGCUGGCUAAAGUACCAGAUGAUAUUCCAGUUUUAAUAUUAGGCAAUCAUUGCGAUAUGAGUCAUCAUCAAGCAGUAACAAAUGGACAAGUAUCAGGAUUUAUUGAAAAUUUUAUGAGAUCUGGUGAAACCUUGUAUGCAGAAAGUUCCAUGAGAAAUGGAUUUGGCCUACAUUUACUUCAUCGGUUUCUAGGACUUCCAUUUCUGAGACUGCAGAGAUUAAGUCUUGAGCUUUUAUUAGAGAGAAAUAAGAGAGAUACAGAUAUUACAAAAGAAGAGAUUCUAUUGUUCCAGCAAUCUGAUGAAUCAAAUUAUAACAAAUUUCUAGACAACUUGGUUAAAAAGAGACGGCAAAUUGCAGAUCACAAUGCUAAAAUUUCAACAAAUAUUAUACCACCAUCUAAUAAUGCUCAAGAUAGCACAAACGAACGCAAAGACAUUCCAAUACAAAGCCAUAGCACAGUUACAAUUGGUGCAGGUCAUCCGAUAAUAGUUGCAGGCAAACCAGUUGUUGUAAAUAGUGACCCUACAAAAUAUAGCCAAGUUCCAAAUUUGACGGCCAAUCUCAAAUCACCACAAAUCUGUCAACAAAGUAGUGAAGUAAUAGGUUCUUCAUCUGAACAAAGAAAUAUGGAUGUUAAGAAUAAAAUUAUAAAAACUGAUUCUGCACAACAUACAAAUAGUAACAGUAAGCAUUUGUAUAAAAGUCAAUUGAACACCGUGGAAGAUUUUUGUCCUGAUGAUGCUUUAGACAGGAGCUUCUUAGAUGAUGUUGGAGGUUCUGCAGUGGCUGAUGAUAAACAUGACAGUGAUAGUGAUGCAGAAAUUGGAAAUCCUUUAGUUGCAACAUUCCAAGAGGAAAUUGAUGGUGCAGAAGAGAUCACAGAAGAAUUUAAUACACAAAAUUCUAAUAAAAUGGUUUCAAAUGGCAAAACAUUUUCUCACUCUACAAAAAAUAAUUUCAAUAUCAAUAUGUCGAAACUGGAUAUUGGUGAUUUUAAACCACUUUCUAAUUAUGACCAACCCACCAAUGAAGAGAAUGAUUUUGAUAGUCUAAAAAGUGAAGAGUUGGAUGUUAACUUUGGUUCUGAUGAAUGGAUACCAAGUUCUUCAAAAGUGAGAAGGUCACCAGAAGGUGGAGAGGAUUCCACUGGUACAUGUAGUAUUAAUCAAGGUUUAAUAGAGGAGACAAAGGAAACAAAGAAGCACAAAAAAUCUAAAAAGAGCAAAGAUAAAGAGAAAAAGAAGAGUAAUAAGAAAGAUAAAAAGAAACGAGAUGAGCUGGAAUUGUUUUUGAAUGGACAUGGAAAUCAAAAUCCAGAAGCUGAUGCUUACGAAGCUAUUUAAUGAAACAUAUGCUGAAACUAUUGAAUCUGUACUUUGAAUCU